GUUUAGCAGUAAACCUAGAUAAAGAGUAGUGGGGCAGGACAGACCUCAAGCUGGUUUGAGAUCAGGUUUAGAGGGCGACCUCUCCCGGAGGCGCCUUCUUAUUAUCCAGGCAUGCAGCUUCCGUGUCCAGCUGGGGCUGCGAUUGUCACAUGAUGCAGAGAAUAGGAGAAACUUUCUAUCACGGAAGCAUAAUAAAACAGUAGCAGAGAUGUCCGUAGGAUGAACCAAGGUGUUAAAACAUCGUAUGUCCAACGUUGGACGACACACGGCAGUUGGAUAAACACUGAAAGAAAGCAUGAGCUAAUACGGAGAGGUUUGGCUGAGCGUCUUUUUGGAAAUAUAUCUGCCGCGGGGAUGGUCUCUGUGAUUUGGACACGGUAACAACGUAUAGCUACACCGCACGCUGCCACACACACCAGCCAACACACCGCCACACUGCUACCGGGGCACAGAUGAAGUGCCUGUUGAUCGCAAGCGAGACCGCCGAGGUUCUGUUUCAUUGGACCGACAAGGAGUACGAACUGAACCUGCAGGAACAGUAUGGGGCGUUCCAAGAAGAGGGGGAGAGGCCCCCAGCCUUUGAGGACAGUAUCAACACGUUGUUUGCGCCCAUCAUCAUCUCCUGUAGCACCAUGGUGGACAGACUGGGAGACAGCUACACCUGCUUUAGCACUGAGAACAACCACACUUACGUACUGCACCAGUUUGACGAGUGCCUGUACAUCGCUGUGAACGGUGAUGGGGAGGAGGGAGAGAAUCAUCUGAAGAGGAAGAUCUAUGUCAUGAAGAAGAUGAUCGACGUGCUCUUCGGCAUGGUCACACUCAGUAGCACCCUCCUCAGGAAAGAGCUGCGCCCCCAGGACACGGAGCAGAGGACCAGGCUGUGGAAGCAGCUGCAGAGCCUGCUGGAGACCUACAGCCGCCUGCGCGAGAAGGACCAGAGCUUCCUGGUGGAGGCGGUGGAAAGACUGAUCCACCCCACCCUGUGUGAGCAGUGUAUUGAGUUCCUGGAACGUCGCCUGGUCCAGCAGAUCAACACCAGUGUGGAGAGGGCUGGAGAGGAGGUGCUGCAUGCCUUCAUACUGGUGCACACAAAGCUACUAGCCUUUUACUCCAGUCGUAAUGCUAGCAGUCUCACCUCCUCUGACCUCCUGGCCCUCAUCGUCAUGGUGCAGAACCUGUAUCCUAGCAACAUCGAUCUGGACGACUCAAACCCAGAGGAUGUGGAGAACACGCCGGAGAUCUUCUACACCCCAAAAGCAUCCCCCACAGAUGGCCAGUCUUCUCCUACAGAUUCAGCCAGUUCAGGCAGGCAAGAAGACAGGAGUACUCCUGUGUUUGAGUUUGUGGAUCCAGACAUACAGAUGGCUGAAGACAGCCUGCAGACCCUGCAGGCCCCUCCCCCUGACCCCGCUACCCCGUGCAGAGUAUUCCUGGAGGUCACGCUCAAGGAGGGCUUUUAUCCCAUGAUGCCUCACUCCAUGUACUGCCUCCCGCUGUGGCCUGGGAUCACUCUGGUUCUUCUCACCAAGAUCCCUAACAGCUCCGUGGCCACGUCUGUGUACUCCUUCCUUGAUGCCUUUGCCCGGCUGGAGAAGCGUCUGAGCGAGGGCCAGGAGGGCUCAGCAGCCACCAGGGGGCAGCCUACCAUCCAGGAUCUCCGCAGCAAACUGGACAAGUUUAUCAGAGCCCUUGGAACCAGCGACAUUCAGACGUCACAUCUGCAGAGUGUGUGGACGGAAUUCAAGAACAAAGCCUUCACCAGAGCAGGGACUGGCUUCACCAAGGAUCUCCUGCCCUGGUGUCGCAGCAUGAAGACCCAGCUGUGUGCCGUCUACAGACAGUGCUUCAUCACGGACGGAGGAGGAGGAGGAGGAGGAGGGCCGCAGCGCCUCUCUCCUCACCUGCAGGAGCGAGCUCUCACCAUGGUCCAGGAGAAGCUGAUGGACUGGAAGGACUUCCUGCUGGUAAAGAGCAAGCGGAACAUCACCAUGGUGUCGUACCUGGAGGAGUUCCCUGGUCUGGUCCAUUUCAUCUAUGUGGAUCGUUCUGCUGGCCAGAUGAUCGCUCCGUCCCUCAACAUCACAGAUCGCGCCAACUCCGAGCUGGGAAAGGGGCCGCUGGCACACUUCAUCAAGGGCAAGGUGUGGAGUCUGGUCGAUACCACGCGACGCUACCUCCAGAAGGGCUACUCAACCGUCACGCUGAGAGAUGGAGAUUACUACUUCUGCUACUUCCUGUGGUUUGAGAAUGAAUCGGGCUACAAGCUGGAGGUGAUGGACCUGCCCAUCCUGUCUGAUGACUCCGCCCCCAUCGGAAUGCUGGCCUGUGACUACUACAAGAAGUUGCUGCGCCUCUACAGUAAGAGCCACCAGGGGGAGGUGGUGAAGUGCUACGAGCUGCUGACGGUGCACCUGGGUGUGAUCCCUGCCGACUACAUCCUGCAGCACUGCAGCCAGCUAGCACGCAAGCUGUGGGAGCCCUCACGCAUCCCCCUGCU